AUGCCACCAAGACGUUAUCGUACCCGUAAUUAUUCAAAUGAACGUAUACUCUAUCUCCAAAAGAAAAAAAGAGAAGAAGAAAUAGAUAUGCUAAAAUGGUAUAGAAAAGCAGUCAACGAGCAGGCCAACACAUCUAAACAGCAUACGGAAAAGAGUGAUAAAAAACUUGAAUUAGUCCAAGCCAAUAAGGAUCAAAAACUUAAAUUGGUCCAGACCAAUGAGAAUCAAAAACUUGAAUUGGUCCAGACCAACGAGAUCAAGCACCAGAAAGACGAAUGCUUGGAUAACA